AUGGAGCAUAAAUCACUCCCACCCAAUUGGGACAAGUUGUUGAGUAGAUUCUUAAAGUCACCUGAUGCAACGUUAAAGAUACAACCAAAGGAGAGGACUCAACCAUUCUAUCAAACAGUGAAGGAGGUGGUUGAAAGAAUGGAUCAUCUUACAACGCUGGGCAGAAGCGCAUUCGAUCGUCACGACUUUUGGUACGCCGUGUCAUACUUCACAAUGGCGCUGCAGUGCUACGAUCAACACAUGAACUCGAGCACGCUGCACAAUGUCUCCAAGGUGGACUUGGAACAAAUGAGCAUCCGCGUCGCUAUAACCAGCGCUCUUAUUUCGCUCACGCUCACCGAGGUGAAGUGCAUUCCCGAGUCAAUUACAACUGCCAAUAUGACAAUCGAGCAUGAUCUAAAUUCUAUAUUGGUGUACAUUCAGAUUGCCAACUCACUCAAUUCGCUGGGCAAGAACGAGCAGGCAAUCGAACAACUCAAGCGAGGCAUAGAUAUCGCAGUCACCGAGGACAACAAACAGAUGUAUGACACGGCCAAGACAUUGUUGGAGGCCAACGAGAAAGCUAUGAAGUUAGAGGAUGAGAACAAGGAGUAUAUUCAAGCAAAGAUCGCCAAGGAUAGGACAUUUACAGAGUUCCCAAUCAAGAUGGUGUGGACAGGUGUUGGUCGUCAUGGUGGAAGGAAGAUGGUUGCCUCCAAAGACAUACCCAAGGGUACUGUCAUAUUGAGAGUUGCUCCAUUCGCCUCAUCAUUAUACGAUACAAUGGCCGACUCAUAUUGUUCUGCCUGCUUCCAAAACAUCACAGCUGCCAGAAAAACACAUGUUUGUACAAAGUGCAAGAACAAGAUAUGCGAGAUGUGCCAAAACGACAGUAUAACAAUGGAGGAGCAUGAGGUGGCUUGUAAACUACUGUCUGUGUUCCCUGCCAGAGAGGGUGAUGAUAUCUUGAACUCUCACGUCCGCAUCACAUUUCUAUCAGUUUUGCGCGCUGUACAGAACUUGGAGGGCAAGGCACACAAACAAAACACACCGGCAGCAUGGCGCAAGGAUGGCAAACCCUUCAUCUACGACACAUUGGACGACAUGCAAAAGAUAAGCUUCAGAGAGCCAGUGCGGAUGAGCAAGAAGGAGAGCAUCAAUUACGAAAAAAUGGCCACGUCCAUCGCCGACUUUACCAAGUAUCUGAAAGGACCCAAGUUCAUGGAGCGACUCGACAUUAAUGAGUUUGUCAAGAGCGUCUUGCGAAGGAUACCGCCCAAUGUCAAAGAGCUGGUCGACCUAUACCACCAAACACCAAUCGGCGCAGGAAUCUACCCUAGCUCGGCACUCAUCAAUCACUCAUGUCUGUCCAACACCAACUCAUACAUGGACAACUAUGGCAUGCUGGUCUAUCGCAGCCACCAGGCGAUCAAGGUUGGCGAAGAGAUCACAAACAGCUUCAUCGAUCCUUUGUUCCCCAUGUCAUACAGGCGGGACAAGCUACUCAAGGAUUACAACAUAUAUUGCGAAUGCAGCCGUUGUGUCGAGAUCGAGAACACCGAGCAUCAAUGUCCAAAAUGUUGCCAAGCACUGACCAAGUCACAUCUACAGACUUGGGAGCCACAGCCAUCAAUCGACUUUGAUGGACAGGUGUACGUGUGCAGCAAGGGCCACGCCACAAUGGCAGCCAUCUAUCUCAUCCUCGAGCACUUUUGUGAGAUCGAACUAGAUUUGGUACUGGAGCCGCGCUAUAAAGUGAUCAUUCGGAAGUACUUCCAACCACUCGGAUGCGUGUGGCUGAAGUAUCAGCGAGAAUAUACCUUCAUGCAUAUGGGCAAGAAUAGCAAAAAUGCGACAGAACUACUCAAACAGUUGAGACAGAGCUAUGACACAGUAUUUGGAGACAAUGGCAGACUGAUCAUACCCACGCUCUAUGCCGAGAUCUACGUAGCCAUGCUUCGAUUGUGUCUUGUCAAUGGCAAUCAGCGAGAGAAGGUCAUUAUCAAGAAACAGUUUGGACAACACCUGGAGGAGACCAUCCAACUAUCCACUCAUUUCGCCAAAGGUACCUUUGAACGAUUUAUGCCAUAG